UUCAGAAACAGCUCGUCAACCACCUCGGUAGCUUGCUAGCCAACAUAGCCGAAAGAUUCAAGCUAUUUAUACGCUUUCGGUGUAUAUUAGCUACUGUGUUUUAGACACACUUCUGUCGUAUCUACUUGUUAACCUAUUUAAUUUAAUAUUACGUUAUUUUGUAUUAGUCAGCUAUAGUAGCUUGCUGGUUUAGUUAGCACUAGCCUAGUCGCUAAUGAUAGCUAGCUAGCUAGCUAACAUCCUCGACCAUGAGCUCCCUAAACUACUCUCCUCCUGUUAAAGAAGAGGUCUGCUGGACGGAGAACGAGGGUCUCUGGCAGAACAUUGUUGUGAAAGAGGAGAAGGAAGAGGAGGAUGUCACCGUAAAACAAGAAGUAGAGGGUGAGGCUGUUACAGUGAAAGAAGAAGAGAAAGACGUUUCAGUGAAAGAAGAGGAAGAGGCGUUCAGAUUGAAAGAGGAGGCGGGGGAUGUUACAGUAAAAGAAGAGGAGAAAGAGAAAGAGUUGGAUGCCGUUUUUGGAGUGAAGAAGGAAGGGGAGAUUACUGUCACAUUGAAAGAUGAAGAGGAGGAGAUAGGAGAUCUGAUUAACACCAGAGAGAGACGGGACUAUCGUGGAUCCUCUGGGAAGCCUCAACAACCUCAUGAUGCUGAAGAGGCAGAGAAGAGUCCCUCCAGAUCAGAACACCUCAAGAAACGCCCGCAGAGACCCACAGGGAAGAGAACUCACUGCUGCUCUGACUGUGGGAAGAGAUUCACCUCAUCAGGCAUUACAAUUCAUCAGAGAACACACACAGGAGAGAAACCUUACAGCUGUGUUCAAUGUGGGAAGAGUUUUGCUGCAUCUAGCACUCUGACUCUACACCAGAGAACACACACAGGAGAGAAACCUUACAGCUGUGUGCAAUGUGGGAAGAGUUUUGGUCAAUCUGGCCAUCUGACUCAACACAGGAGAAUACACACAGGAGAGAAAUCUUAUAGCUGUGAUCAAUGUGGGAAGAGUUUUGGUCAAUCUGGAGAGCUGACAGUGCACCAGAGAACACACACAGGAGAGAAACCUUAUAGCUGUGUUUUAUGUGGGAAGAGUUUUGGUCGAUCUUGCCAUCUGACUCAACACAAGAGAAUACACACAGGAGAGAAACCUUAUAGCUGUGAUCAAUGUGGGAAGAGUUUUAGUCACUCUGGAGAGCUGACAGUGCACCAGAGAGCACACACAGGAGAGAAACCUUACAUCUGUGUUCAAUGUGGGAAGAGUUUUGGUAGAUCUUACCAUCUGACUCGACACCAGAGAUUACACACAGGAGAGAAAUCUUACAGCUGUGUUCAAUGUGGGAAGAGUUUUGGUCAAUCUGUCCAUCUGACUCAACACCAGAGAAUACACACAGGAGAGAAACCCUAUAGCUGUGGUCAAUGUGGGAAAAGAUGUACUACAUCUGGCUCUUUGACUCUACACCAGCGAACACACACAGGAGAGAAAUCUUAUAGCUGUGAUCAGUGUGACAAGAGAUACUCUGAUAAAAGAUAUCUGAUCAAACAUCAGAAAAUACACACAUGAAGAAGUUGUUUCAUGAUAUCAAUGAAAUGAUGUCACAAUGUAGAAUGUUUUAACAUUGUAGUAGGAGUAUUUUAAUGAUGUCACAAUGUAGAACCCUAAAUGUUUGUCCCCUGUUCUAUUGAUUUCAGCAUGAUAUGGAUAUUAGCCUCGGGGGGAAAUCCAGGCUCUGAAUUGAAAGAGUUACUAUUACUGAGAUUUAACAAAAAGUGAUUAACAAAAAAAGAGCUGUGUUACACUUACCAUGUUGGUGACCCACUUGAAUCAAAAUGCAACACUUCAAAAUGUAGUGAGCUGUUUUCUACAAAUUGUCCUCUAACCAGGGAUGUACACAUUACUCCCAGAUUCCGUGUGGUUUUUGAGCUGUUAGUUUUAACAGGACGUGCAACCUCAUCUCCCUCCUCUCGGCACAAUUGAUUUCAACAUGAUAUCGAUGAGUGAUGACAAAUAAGUGUUGUGUUCCUUUGUUUAGCGACCCCUAAAUUUAAAUGCAUCACUCUAAAAUGUAGCUUACUGUCUUCUGCAGGUUGUCCUCUAACCAGUGAGGUGAAAGAUAUCUCCCAUUUCCAUGUGUUUUUUUUAGUUGUUAGUUUCAGCAGCACAUACAACCUGAUUUUCCCCCUAAUCGAUAUCAGUUAUUUAUUGCUACUUGUCAAAACAACAGCGUUUCUGGUGCUUGUGCAGUUUAUAAGGUGCAUGUUUAAGUAAUAUGAUUAUUGUGGCAGAUGUUCGUGUAUAUUGUACAUUUUAUGUUUAGGUUUUCAAUUUAUCACAAACUUUUUUUGUAUUUGGACUAUUGAUUUGGACACGUUUAAACUGUGACAUAGGGGAUAUCCCACCUAGCAAAAUGUCGUUGAAAAUAAGACUAUGCCCGACGUACAAUAUUAAGUUUGGUUUUAGUUGAAAGGUGAAAAAACAACAAUUUAAUUUCAAUGUACUUGCAACCUAUACACAUUGACGCAGUAUAAUAAAUCGGUCUAUAAUCAAUUUUAUUAACAAUCCUAAUAAAUUGAGUCAUAAAUGUAGGAUAUAUCCAUUGUCUUAUGGGGGAAGGUGUUAAAGUCUUUGGUUUUUCCAUUUAUGUUCUAAGGUUGGACAUUAGCACGUAGGACACACUGAUUGGUGUCACCUCGUUAGUCAGUAUGUGUUAUACCUGAGCUGGUCCAGGUUCUAUUUAAGAGUGUCUGGCCCAGUGCUCCAGUUGUCUUGAUAGAUGUGGAGAGUCAACACCUUUAGUCGUUCCACCUUUUUGGUUUGCUUCCUGUCUGUAAGUUUGGUGUGGGUUUUUCUUUUGUUUGCCUCUUCUUGGGCAGAUUUAGUGGGUCUCAUGGUGGGUGUCUUUUAGGUCCCAGUUGUUAUUAGUCAACUUUCAGUGGACACAGAGCAAAACUGCAAGAUUAUGUUAUAAUACUUUUAUUACAUCAAAUGGUUGUUUUAUGCAACAGAAUAGAGGGUUCUUAGAACUAUUGUGUCUAUGUGUUCUACUGAGGAUAGGCCUCUGGGAGAUAACACUGACAGGAGAUUUACAAUGUCUUUUGGGUGAUAAAACCUAAAGAGACCGCAUUCCAGAGCAUGAAUUAAUGUUUCUAUUCUAUAUGGUACCAGGGAGAGAUGACCCCAGGGCCAGACCCUGGUCUCUACACAAAGAGAACUGUUUUUACAGCAGAUACUGUCUGCUGAGAAUUAUAGGUAUCUCUCAUACAAAUCUUAAUCUUGGGACCUGUUCUAUACAUCUGUGUCAUGUAGGUUGAAAGGGGUGUAUCUUGGCCGUAAAAGACAUUUUUACUUUUGUAUCGUGGCGCUCAACGAAUCAUCUGGGGGUGGUUUGUCGACCAGCCAUCAUUAUCGUAGAACACUCAAUUGAUUCACUUUAUGUGUACGUUGUAUUGAUCUGCUCCCUUAUUAAUAAGUGAAUAAAGAUUUAGUUUAAGAAUAA